UACACCCAUCAUUCAUUGCAAUCACAGAGAUGAAGUCUUGAAAAGCAUGUCGAGGAGGAAGAGCAAGUGGGAUGUACCAGCAGAUGCUGUUGCUAAUAGUAAUGGCAGUAGCUCUUCAAACUCAGCUGCCGAGGCAGCUAAGGAAAGGGCAGCUAAGCUUACGGCAAUGCUGGCAGCUAAAGGAAAACUGGCUAAUAACACUGGCUCAAUAUUACCUGUGAAUAAUAUUGUGCAAGGGCACAACUCAAGAUGAGAUUAAUCGUUAUAGUGGUGCUGCUGUGUCUACAAAAGGUCGUUUCCUGGACGCUGAGGAAAGAUUGCAGGAAUCAGAGGGGGUUAGGCCUUUAUAUCUUUGUAUUCAAGGAACUUCACAAGACAAGGUUGAUAAAGCUGUUCAAAGAAUCCAAGAAAUUAUGGCUGGUUCGGGUAUCUUUGGUAAACAAUCUGCUGCCAACCAAUCAAGAUGGUCAUCGUAUCAAUCAUCAACUGUUAUUUCAACUCCAUCACCGAUUACUCAAGCUGUUGCUACACAGGCAAUCCCUACUGGGAUGCAUUAUGUACAAGAUAAAGUGUUUGUUGGUUUAGAUAGUACCUGUUCACCUGACUUCAAUGUAAAGGAGAAGUUAAUUGGGCCAGCAGGUUCCUAUUUUCAGCAUAUAACUACUGAAACUGGUGCAAAGGUUUUUUUGAGAGGAAAAGGGUCAGGAUUCCUAGAACCAACYUCUGGUAGAGAAGCCUUUGAAGCACUUCACAUUUACAUAAGUCAUGCUAAACCAGAAGGACUUKCAGCUGCUAAAACACUUGUAGAGAAUCUGAUUGAAACUGUAAAUAAUGAAUACAAAAGUUUUGAACAAUUGAAAAGAGCUCAGCAAGCAGGACAUAUACCACAACCAGGAUAUCCAUCGCCAGGCUAUAUACCCCCAAUGGUUUAUCCACCUCGACCUGGUAUGCCACACCCACCAGGAAGUUACCCCAUACCCCCAGGACCCAUCCCACCACCACCAGGAGGUUACUAUAGACAACCACCUCCUCCAGGGCCUGUUCAGCCACCAGUAGCACCCUAUCCAGUCCCUCCUCAUGGAUAUGGUCCUCCUCCACAGCAGGGGCCUCCAUUGCCAAGGGGACAUUCCAAUGGAAGUACACCCACCUAUCCAGGGUACUCAAACCCUCCAGCACCCCCUAAUAUUGGCCCCUUUCCACCUAGACCAAUUGUUCCAUCAAGUAUAAACCCACCCAAAAGUACACCAAUUCAAAUGCCUGAAAGAAAGGAAUCAGAAAAUCAAAAUAAUAGAGAGAGAGCUUUACCACAAGAAAUGCCACUUCCUGCAGGACCUCAACCAGAACCUCCCAGACGRCGCUUUAAGGAGGCAUCCCGAAGUGAACUGACACAGGAAUCCCAACCAAGGAAUUAUCAGGAAAGAAUACCAGAACCAUGUCCUUUAGGUAAUAAACAAGAUCCUCGUCACAAGAAUGUUUCAAUGCUGCCACCAUUGAUGCCACAAAUGAAAUCACAGCCAAAUCCACCUGGGGAUGAGUUUAAAAAGCCUUUAGGGGCAGCCAAACCCUUCCUSGUYCCYCCUCCUCCUAAGGAUAUCRUCAGAAAGGAAAAUACUUUAAGAAGACCAGAAUUACCAGGAUCUUUAGGUAACACCAGAAAACAUGUUCUGCCCAAAACAUCUGAYGAGUCACCAUCRAAGAGAUCAAGAAAAGAAGAAAAAGACACAACRUCUGCACUACUUUCAUUAGUAGCAUAUGAUGAAGACUCAUCUGAGGAAGAAGAUGAAACAACUUCACCAACAUCUCAGUCUUACAACAGGGCACCAUCUAAACCUAAAACUACAAAUCUUCCUUUUUGGGCUGUUGGAAAGUAAAUUUGGUUGUUUUUUUGGUUGAUGUUCCAUGUGGAACAUGUUGUCUCCCUGUCUGUUGCACUUGCUAUAGUGUACGUACUUGUUCAGCAAUUGUGUGUACUGUAGUUCUGGUAUUCUUGGUGUUUUGAUGGGAUAACUAACCUCUAAGCCUGCGAGAUAGCUGUGAUGGUGUUUUAAAUGAAGAAAUAGUUGUUUUAAAUUCAUACAUUUCACAUAAAAAAACUCUGAAAACCCACUCAUCACAUUUCUGAGUCUUUGACUCUGAUGACAUUCAAAACAUUAGUUGUUGUUGUUGUUCUUUUUUUGCAGUUGGUUGAUGUGAGUGAUGUAUUGGUUAGAUUUGCGUACUGUAUUCUUAAUUAUUUAUUAAGCUUUAGUUUCUUUAAUGCACUGUACUGCAUUAACUACUAAGAUUUUGUUGUUUUGUGGAGUAGUUGUGUGAUUCUGGCUGUAACACAUGUUUCUGUUAAUUGUCGGAUACUGUGAAUCAUUAUCACAAUUGAUGUCCACUUUCUCUGUAUCAUAUGYAUCUGUGCUGAAUCAAAUUUAAUGUCUUUCUCUGCAUGACAUAUAUCCAAUAUAUUUAACAUUCGAUGUCUAUAUACAUUUAGCCAAUAUCUUCUUUCACCAACACAUGAGACUCCAUUACAGCAUCUGUACGCUUACAYCCCAUUGUUYWCURUCACCAGUACAYGUUUACCAUUUAUUUUGUUCAAAUUAUCAUCUCAUACGAUACAUCUGGGUUCUUUAGCACCCAACACACACCAAUGAUAAAGCUGUAUUUAAAGGUCAUCAUAAAAUUUUUCUAUUUGAACAGUACUUACAUUUGUCCAACCCUAAGGAACCACCUCAAAUUGUAUAUAUAGUGUACGUCAUUGGUUUAUAAUAAACUUGAUAAAUUAUAGGGAAUUUUUUUGGRUAGUAAUAUCUCUUUUAAAUGAAUUCUAUUUAUAAAUUUAUGGGAAUUAUUUGGGUUAUCUUAUUGUUAUUGCAUUUCCUUCUUAUAUCUGUGACUGAUUUUAUUGUUUUAUCAACAAUUAACAAAAAAACAAAAGGCACUUAGGGRGAAAAUAUUUUCAAUUAACAAUGAAGUUAGUAAAAGAUAAUAAACAACGUAAAAUUUACUUUUUUURUGCCCACUAGCAUAUUUUCAAAUGAUUGAAAGAAUAGCUCAAACAACACCAGUAUUUUUCUUCCUUUUUUUCCCUUCCUGCACUUGUAAGUAUAAAGACCCUUUCAGAUACUGAGCACUUGUAAAACGUGUCAAAUGACAACUUGAAAAUGUUUCAGAUGCUUGAAUCCAAGAAAGCCUUUUCUCCAUUASUACUGCAAGAUGCCAUUUCAUUUUUAAAAAGCCAUUUUGCCACUUGAUGUUUCUCAAUGAGUGUUUCUCAAGUUUUCACAACUGGAAAUAAUUAUCAUUUUCUGACAACUCAGAUAGCUUUAUUUGAUUACCAAUAUCAGUUGUGUAAUAUAAGUAAUUAUCUUUAUUUAAUUUACUUUAUUCUUAAAAGAUCUCAAAUAUUGACCUUGAUAUUUGAAACUGUUUUUUGUACAUCAAAAACGUUUUUUAUAGUGAAGUGCAGUGUCUAAUGUUCUUGCAGUGACAUGCAUUUGAGAAAGACCAGUGUAGGUUAUAUGUAUGUUGCCUAUGAUUAUGCUGUUAGUCUACUAUGUAACCUACUGUCACAAUAAAGAUCUUUGCAUGAAAGAUA